GUUUGUCUUUUUCAUUUGAGGACCCACACCAUUUUUUGUUUCUCUCUCUAGUUUCAGAGGAGGAUAAUAACAAAAGCCUCGGCACCGUCACUUACGUUUCUCUCUCUUUUCUCUGUGUUUGAUGAGUUUCCGUGGAGAGGGAGAGGAUUUUCAAUGGCUUAUGGAAGGAUAUGUUGAAUGAUCGAUUUUCUGGGAUGUUUCGCCAGAACGUGAAAUUCUGUGGAUCUUAAAAUCGCCUAAGUCAUCAUUUUUGUUUGGACAGUGCUUAGAUAAGAAAGCAAUCCCAUCUUCAAGCAAGUUGUUUGAAGCUAACGAUAUUGGGGUUUAAUUAAUUUCUUUUGUUGCUGUGGUUUGUUCCAAUGAUGAACAACAUGGGAAUCUUUGAAGAUAUUAGCUUCUGCCAAAAUCUUGAAUAUUUUUCAGCUCCUCCUGGGGAACAGGAGACAGCUCGGGAGCAUGAAGCUGAGGCUACUUUGGAGGAAGAUUACAGUGAUGAAGAGCUGGAUGUUGAUGAGCUUGAGAGAAGGAUGUGGCGAGACCGAAUGCUUUUGAGGCGACUCAAAGAACAAAGCAAAGAGAAGGAAAGCGCUGAUAAUUCAAAGCAGCGUCAAUCCCAGGAGCAAGCCCGAAGGAAGAAGAUGUCUCGGGCUCAAGAUUGCAUCCUGAAAUAUAUGUUGAAAAUGAUGGAGGUCUGUAAGGCUCAAGGAUUUGUGUAUGGGAUCAUUCCUGAGAAAGGAAAACCAGUAAGCGGAGCGUCUGAUAAUCUUCGUGCCUGGUGGAAAGAGAAAGUCAGAUUCGAUCGAAACGGUCCUGCAGCUAUUGCCAAAUAUCAGGCUGAACAUGCAAUUCCUGGGAACAAUGAUGACUGCAAUACAGUGACAUCCACUCCUCAUACUUUACAAGAGCUCCAAGACACAACCCUUGGAUCACUUUUGUCAGCUCUGAUGCAGCACUGCGAUCCACCCCAAAGGCGUUUUCCAUUGGAGAAGGGAGUUUCCCCACCGUGGUGGCCCACCGGAAACGAGGAAUGGUGGCCUGAAUUGGGACUACCUAACGAUCAGGGGCCACCUCCUUAUAAGAAGCCCCAUGAUCUGAAGAAGGCUUGGAAAGUCAGCGUUCUUACUGCUGUGAUUAAGCAUAUGUCACCUGAUAUUGCGAAGAUUCGCAAACUCGUUCGUCAGUCUAAAUGUUUGCAAGACAAGAUGACUGCAAAGGNCCGUCUUUUUUUCUUUCUUUGUCAAGUGAUUAAAUGA